GGCAGCAAUCUCGAUCGUUUCUUACAAAAGAAAGAAUCGUGCACACGUGCAAAGGCAGGAAUACGUCAGUCAGUCACACUAGCAGGAGCGAGUCGACCACAGCGAAGCCGGCGGCCACCCCGCCCUCGUUGCUGCCCUCAUCCUGACAAACACGAGCCACACACACACACACACACACUUUAAUGAACGAUGCAGACACGUAGUCUCAUGUGUAGAUACCUUGCUGCGCAGCAGGUGGCCGAGCGUCUCAUUGUACACCUCCUCACUCCCAUCCCUUCACACAAACACACACACACAGAGGAACACACCAUGCGGAAAGUCGCCACUCCAUUAUCACAUGGCACUUACAUGACUUUGGCCGAGUAGAUGCCCAGCUCGGCGAGGGAUGGCCGCACGAACGCCUUGAGCUCGGCCGUGUCAGUGCGGUCAAAGACGAGCGAUGGCAGCACUGGCGGGCGGAUCUUCUUCAUCAGGAUGUACUCAGACAGACCCUCACCCUUGGUCAGGGUCCUCACGAUGUCUGCACUCCACUCACAGAGACGCACGUGCGUCGAGAGCGAUAGCAGCAUCCUCGCCCUUCCACCUUGUCCGUGCAGGUUGUUGCCGCCGCCCUCUCUCUGAGGCUUCAGCACCCACUCCUCAGGAUGCUGCACCGCACACACGAACACACACAGCAAUGCACAGAGUGUAUCAGCCACGGCCCUUCUUGUCAGAUUCUCCUCACUUACCUGGAUGGCGUCCUUGACCUCCUCGCCCUUUGGCGCCAUUGAGGGGUCCACUUGAGGGGCGAACACCUCACGCAGCGGCUGGCGACUGCACACCGGCACGAACCGAUCCAUCGUCGAGGGGUCGCACCAAAGUGCUUGCACCUGUGUGUGCAGCACACCCCACAUAGCAAAGGACAAACAAGCGCGGUGCGUGUGUCUGCUUGCGUGUGUGCACUCCCCCUGCCCACCUUUUUGCAUCCGGCCAGGUGUGCUGGGCCACUCGGGCACUUGACGGCAUGCGACCAUUCCAGCACCUCACGGGCAGCCCAGCAGCGGUCGUCAGGCAGGUGCGGCGGCGCGUAACCCGACCGAAAGUACACCACAGUGAGCUCAAGGACCUCGUCGAGUCCUCUCUGCCACACGAGGCGGCCUGGAGUGGCCAAGGGGGUGCUUGCGGAAGGAUUGUCGGGUAGGAUGCGCAGAGCGCCGCUCUCUAUUGCGUCAGCCAGGUCCUGGAAAGUGCUGAAACAAUGAAAGCCGGAUACAUACACACACACGGGGACAUCAGCUGAUGCGCUCUGUGUGUGUUUGACCUUCUCCUGCACGUGACGCCGUGGGUGUCGUAGAGUGCGAACUCGAGAUGCCUCUGGUCGAUUUCGUUGCGCUCGUUGUCAGGCACCAUGUAGAGUACCGCUGGCCGGCGACCGGAGCCUCCUGCACACACAGCCAGUGGACACACACACAUUUGAUGGUGUGUGCAUCUUGCCGUGCACAUCUGCGCUCACUCACUUUCGAUAGGUCGUCUCCUCAGAUACGCCGUGUGUGCAGCGGCGAUGGCCUGAACACACACACGCACACAAGCGCAUGAGUGGGCACAUGCCUGUUUUAUCCACACACACACACGUACCGUGGCCAUGUUGUCUGCCGGUGCAUUUGGUGGCGAGAUGUCGUCCACGACGCUCUGCACCACAUUAGCAGCCGAGGCACUCUCUGAUGCCUGAUCCGUCUUGGCGUAAAGCUCCUCCGCCAGCCGACGAAUGGCAAACCUGAUCCACAACGAUUGCAAAGCAGCUUGGUAGAACGACCAUUCAUCUGAUCAGUGACCGUGCGUACCUUUGGAGUGCGGAGACUCUCUGCCCGAGUCCGGCGAAUGAUGCGGCGAUGGUGUUGAGCUCGACCUGCAUGAGCCUCUGCGGCUGGUCCGGCCUGCUGUCAAUCAUGUAGUCAGACCGCAGCACAUACAGACGCACGUCGGUCGAUACAGCCUGCAGAAACGACGGCAAGGGACACAUGUACACGAGCUGCGCAGAACAAAUAUUGCUUAUAUAGGGCGUGUGGAUCACCUUGGUUGGGUCCGCAUAGACCCUCUCGCACAUGGCCAUGAUCUUGGCAGUGAAAUCAUCCACCUCACACACACUCUUCAGUGACGCCUGGAGCCAUGGAAAGUCGCAAGCAAUCCUGUCAGCCAGGUCACCGAACGGCGUGCUCAGACUCAGCGCCUGAGCAUACAGCCUCUUGGGGAUCUGCACACACAAACACCAAUGCAAACCAAACCGCUGACAGGCAGCAGCCAGGGACUGCAAUGUGAGCGUGGCCAUCGUCGCACCGGCGAAGGCAGCGCAGCAAUGGGCGCCAGCUGCAUGUUGAUUCGGUCCGAUGCGUCCCGAUACAUGCCGAUGCCGUGACAGAUGCCCCACGUGGCGAUGUCGCGCAUUGCGUAGGCGUUGAGAGCGUACUCGGACAGCCAACUCUUCUCUGUCAGACAUCGCAGCAGUGAAUCUUUGAGUGAUGAACUCAUUCUUUGAACAGAUCCGCCGAAAACACACAAUCAGAAAGCCUGCUGCACUCGUGCCAUUCAAGAUCUGCGCAAGUCUUGUU